GCAUUACUUUAACAGAACCAGCACCAGCGAUAAACAGAAACAAAGCGGAGCACGGGACGUUUGGAUUACAGAAAUUGAACGCGCAGCCAAAUAUACACACGAUAAUCCCACAUUCGCACUGGCGUUUCGCGUUUAAUAAAUGCACAUCUAGUUUUAUUUAUAAACUCGUGUUAGGGCGCCAAGUUCUGCAAUCGUUUCGGGAAUUAUAUAUGUAUAUAAUUUAUAAAGUGCAGGUCACCGACAACGACAACGACGCCGUUGCCGCUGCUUCAGCUGCUGUUGGUUCUUCUGCUACCGUCGCUGCCGCAGUCGCAGUCGCUGUUUUCUGUUUCUGAGCGGUGCUAAUGUGCUAAUAUUUGUUGUUUUCCUUUUUUAUUGUGUUUUAUUUUUUUUUUUUUGCGGCGGAAAUUGCCUUUAAACUGAGUGUCGUCCGACUGUGUUUUGUGUUUGUGUGUGUGUGUUUGAAUUUCAAAUCCAAUCAAGCGGUAAUUUCUGCACAAGUGUGCGUCUAAGUACCGUUAUUUGGUGCACCUAUGCUGGCCCUGGCCCCGCCCACACCGCCGCCCCCCCAACAAAAUGCCCCACUGCUACCAUCAACAACAACAACAACAACAUCUGUGAAACCGAAUAUAUUUCCUACCGCUGCCGCUGCUGCUGCUGCUGUCUCUGUCUCUGCAACCGCAAUGCAGUCGACGUCAAACGGUUCUGUCGCAGCCGCAGCCGCCGCCGCCGGUGCUGCUGCUGCCAUCGUCGAUGAGCGGACGCGUCUGUUGAGCGAGGAGGAGGAGACUACUAUUACCGUUACCUCUUCGCCUCCUUUAUCAUCCUCACCUGCUAUUGCCGUCUCUAUCGCACCGCCCACAACGCUACCGCUGGUGCAUACAACAACAAUACAACCGUCCCAUCAACAACAACAACAACAACAACAAAAUAAUAAUAAUAAUACAAAUAACAAUAAUGCGGUUAGAAAUGUGGUCGAAAAAACGAACAAAAAUCAAAAUCAAAAUAACAAUAAUGCAACAGGAGAGACAGAGACAGAAACUAACAUAACAGCAACAACAACGGCAACUACUGUUACAACAACAUCAACAGCUGAUGAAGAGGAUCUGUCCAGUGAUCUGAGCGAUAAAUUCCCACGCCCCCAAAAGAAGCCCGGAAAGCUCAGCAAACUGGGCACCAAGCAAGUCGGCCUCAAACGCGUCUCCUUUGGCUCCUCGAAAGGAUCGAUGGUGGAGACGCUGGUUUUCGAGACGCCGACUCCCUUGUCGGAGCACGUGGAGUCCACUUUUGGAUUCGAUGCUGCCGCUGCCGCUGCCUUUGCUCGAGAUGCUGCUGCCGCUGCCGCCGCUGGACAGCCGCAGUCGGCAGCGACGCAUCCGCAUCCGCAUCCGUCGCACCUGCCGCUCUCGGGCAGCUACAGUGGAGACUACGCCAAGGCGAACAUGGACGACAGCGGCAUCGAGGUUCAGGAAGAAUCGGAACGCUCGAUUGUACGCGUCUCCAUUUACCAAAGCAGCCAGCCGCAGCAGAUCUGUCCACCGGCUGAGUACCUGCUGGAAUCUAUAGACGGCGGACUCGCCUACAACUACAACUUGGACUACGAGACGGCGGUGGCGGCGAUGCAGCAGCAGCACCAGCUCGGCCUGGGAGCGGCCUAUGACCGCCAACAGAGCACUGACUCCGGCUGGGAUAAUCCAUUUCGUCCAGGCGGCGAUCUCUCCAGAGAGGCUGAUGAAAUCGUGAACAUGAUUAGGGGCGGUAAACCCAUCACACCCACAGAGGACCGUACAAUAGGCAAUGGAAGCGCACAUGCGGAUGAUAAUUGCAACGGCGGAACGGUGAUUGGCGAGAGCGUGACCAAAACAAACCUCUCGCAGAAUCAAGCAACAGCACAAAAUGGUACAAAUUCCCAUGCCGGCAAGCUGGAAACUGGAGGCGAAAAAUCAGCGACGUCGGCGGAUCAAAGUAAUGGCGGUGGUGGUGCCAAUAAUGGGGUGACCAAUCUGGGACAGGUAUCCAAGCAGGUGGUGCCGGGACCCACCUCCGCCAGUCAUGUGGUCAUCGAUGAGAAGAAGAACAAGAAGAAGGGAUGCUGUGUGAUCCAAUAAUCAGCUGUUCAAUGAACAGUUUAACAGUAAACAACAGAGAGAACAGAGAACAGUAAACAAGUGAACAGAAAUAUACAAGAUAACAGUAAACAAAAGAGAGAGGAGAGAGGAGGAGCAGAAGAAAGAAACGCGACGUUGGCAAUUGUAAGGGGAAACACGAAACAGAAGAUGAAAACAAAACAACCGAAAGGUUGAAGAAGAAGAGAGUAAAGAAAGCUAAAGGAUCAGAAUGAACGAAAAUGAACAGAAAACAUAAGCAUAAGCAAAGAAAAAAAAAAGGAUGGAGGAGGGGGACAUUUACCGGCUAACGGUCUUUUUUUUUUUGGAUGUUAAUGUUUUUUGGGGAAACCGAAACCGGAGCUGUUGAUAUUUUUCAUGCCGCAUAAAUCGCUUGGCUUUGCUUUGAAUUGUAAAACAACAAAAACAAAAAACACUCAAAAAAAUAAUAGCAGGAAAAAAAUUAAAAGCUCUCUGACCAACAUUAGCAAAAAAGAACGAAAUAGAACUAAAUACAGAAACAAAAUAAGUUUGAAAAAGAAAACAAAAAACCAACUAGCAGCAAAAUAACGGGACAAGCAGCAGCAGCGCCACACUAAGAGCCAAAAUUAUAGCAGCAGCAACGCGGCUGAAAAAAAAAAAAAUUGCUACAAAAAAUCCAAACUUGAAUUGUAAAUCUUAAAAAAAAAAUAAGAAAAGAGAAAGAGAAAGCUAAAAAACACAUCUAUAUAUUUAUAUAUAUAUUUGUUAGUCUGGAAUAAUUGCAAUUCACCAUUAUUAUACAUAUAUACAUAAUUUUUUUUUCGUUUCUUUUUUUUUUUGUAACGCGACUUCGACCUAAAAACUCAUAUAUAUUACACAUAUAUGUGUAUGGAUUUUUUAUAAUUGUAAAAUUUAGUGCAGCUUUUUAAAAGAUAGGACGAGGAACGUUUAAAAAGUCUAAACAAAAACUGAACAAAAAAAAUUAUUAAAUCGAAGAACGUUUUGCUGCUUGCAUGCAUAAAUGACUAAAAAAAAAAAAAAACAAAACAAAAUAAAUAAAUAAAAAACAACAAAGCAAAACGAAAAGCAUAAAAAAAAAUUAAUAUAAAGAAUAAUGUAUUUAUUUUUAUUUAUAUGAGGACGAUGAAGCUGAUGAAAGUAAAUUAAAUGUUAAACCUUAAAACAAAUAUACACACACCCAUACAUACAUAUACAAAACACACACGCGUAUAUACUAUAUAUAUACAUAUAUAUAUGAAUGAAGAAAAAAAAUAAAGCGAGGAAUGAGUAGAAAAUGAAAUUAAAAACAAAAAUCCCAAUUUUCUAAGGCUAAAAGUAAUGAGAAAUUAUUUUUUAAAUACAUUAUUAUAUAUACAUGAAUUCACACUCUGGGCUCUGAAAGUGUGGGUGCACUGACUUUUGGGGCCCACUGUUAGUGCGGCUGAUCAAAGAAAAUAACUGUAUUCGAUGUAAGCUCGACCGGUGCUGGAAAAGGAGGGUUUUAAAUAAGAGAAGCUUAUUUAUUUCUCUUUGAAGAAGCUUCAAAUAAAAAGAGAAGGAGAGCGAGAGAAGAGGCCAGGAAAAGUGUAGAAAAAAACAAGGAAGAACCACCGUUUUUUUUUUCAGCUUAGGCACCAGACCACCAUACCACCACCACCACCCCCUCUGCACAACGCCCCCUCCAACCACCUCACCCCCUCUCACUCAGUAUUUUUCUUAGUUGGGAAAACAAAAACAAGAGGUAAUUAAAAAAUAAAAAUAUAUUACAAAAAAAAAUCAAAAGCAAUGAAGCUGGUAAUCAAGCAAAGCGAGGUACAAGACAGUUUACACUGAGCGAAAAUAAAAGCAGCAACCAAAUAGCAAAGUAAAGAGAACACCGAAAAGGAAGUAACACCCACACUCUCACUCACACACCCACACUUACACACCUACAGCCUAAGCAUAUAUGUGCUGCAUUUGAUAAACGUAAAGUAAAUAAAAAAGAAAAAUAAAAAAAUAAAACAAAUAUAUAUAUAUAUGUAUAUGUAUACAUAAACAGACAGAUAUAUGAAAUAGCAAUAUUGUUUCCAAACCAAAUUAUGCAAAAAUCCGCAAACAAAUCAGUAAAGAAGAACGGCAGCCCGAGCAGCAAUAAAAUCAAUAUUUAAUAUUGUAAAUUUCCGAUUCCAAAAAAAAAAGAAAACAAAAACCAACAAAA